AAGGGAUCCUAAGAGAUCAGCAUCUCAUCACAUUGAUAACAAUAGGCAUCUCGGGGACCAGCUUCUACCCGGCACCCCGAAUAUGAAUAAUAAAUGGCAUAUAACCCAAGGCAGCCAAAGCAUAUCUCGCAUUUAUCGAAACUCUAUUGCCUUUAUUACUACCAUCUUACCAGCAUUCAUUCGCCAUGGCCUCUUCCACCAAACUCUGUGUAGUUGUCGCCGGCGCCUCUGGCGAGACAGGACAGUCUAUCACAAAGGGGCUACUGGCCAACCCUUCGAAGUUUCAUGUCAUAGCACUGGCACGCCCUGAGUCGGCAGGCAAGGCGGUAUACCAAGAGAUGGCGUCUGCAGGUGCCACUAUCAAGACAGCUGACUUCUGCAACCUAGAUGCACUUGCAGAACAGCUUGCAGGCGCUGACGUCGUUAUCUCGUGCCUAAUGCCAAUACAGCUGGUCGAAUCAGAGACACUUAUUGACGCUGCGCAUCGCGCUGGCGUUGGCCGCUUUAUACCUAGCUUCUGGGGUACUGUUAUGCCUCCACGCGGCAUUAUGGCUGUCCGAGAUGUUAGGGAGGACCUGCUGGACCGAAUUAAGCGCCUCUAUCUACCUUACACUGUUGUCGAAGUAGGCAUGUGGGCCCAAGUCGGUCUUCCGCCACCCUAUGCCCCGCCGCCUCCUAUUGCCGACACAUUCAUCGGAAAUGGCGAUACGCCCACCGCCGUCAUAGACAAGGAAGAUAUUGGGCCGUAUGUGGCACGCAUCAUCACAGAUUCGCGGACGCUAAAUCGGUCUGUGUUUGCAUAUGGAGACGUCGUGACGCAGAGCGAUAUUUCGGCAGAGCUUAAGGCUGCAAUGGGAAAGGAGGUGCCGCGGGAUUCUCUCUCGGUUGCUGAACUCCAGGCCCGCAUUGCAGAGCUUCAGGUCUCCGUAGCAAGAGACCCGACUGACGUGGGGCUGACCUUAGAGCAUGCUAUGUCUCAGUAUAGGUACAGUCGCUAUGUCAGGGGCGAUAACACGCCCGAGCACGCCCAAUACCUCGGUUACUUGGAUGGCAAGACGUUGUACCCCGAUCUCAAUUGCAAGUCUAUGCGCGACUUUAUUCGCGAGGUGGUCAACGGAGAGCGCGACCACCGCAUUUAUGUUGGCCGAGAUCCAGUAGCAGAUGCAACGCAGCACAAGGCCUAGGCACUCUUGGAGGAGUGGGGGCAAUGAGGCUGCAAGAUAUGGAGUCAGUAGUCUUUUCAACCUUGUAAGUAGUUUAGAACAUAUAGAUGGUAUGGGUCUAGAUAUAGCAUCAGGAUUCAGGAAUAUAUUAUAGCACGG